CUCUAUUUCUCUCUCUUAAGCUUCUGAGCAGUAUUGAGUGGCAAUGAAGAACUCUUCAAAUUUCUCAGCAGAAAGCAACAGAGCUGAUCAUACCAGUUCUCCAUACAACGGUGCUCUGCUUCUUCCCAUGGCUUCCAGUAGCUCUGCUCCUGCUUUGCUUAGCCAUGGCAGAGACCUUCAAUCAUCUUCUUCUUCAUCGUUCUCCACCGAUGCUCGCACGGCGGCGGCGCUGAGGAUCCAUAGCUUGGCUGAGAAGAAGAGGAGGGAGAGGAUUAAUACUCAUUUGGCUACUCUCAGGCACAUGACUCCCAAUUCUAGUAAGAUGGACAAAGCAUCGCUACUCGCCCGAGUGAUCGAACAAGUGAGAGAUCUGAACCGAAAAGCGGCCAACAUAAACAAAAUCUCUGCAAUUCCUUCAGAAAUGAAUCAAGUGAUUGUAGAAUGCGACAAUGGAAGCUUAAACAGACCACCUUUCUCCUCCUCCUCCUUUGCCGAUCAAAAUAUACAAAUAAAGGCGACUCUUUGCUGUGCUGAUCGGCCACAUCUCUUCUCUGAUUUAAUGAAGGCGUUUCAGAUACUGAGACUCAAAGCAGUAAGAGCAGAGCUCACAUCAGUGGGAGGAAGAACACAGAAUGUCUUUACUCUUUGCAGGAAAGAUGGAAAUGGAAAUGGAAAUGUUUGUUUGAGUUCUCUUAUUGAAUCCAUCAGAAAUGUUCUGACUAAGAUUGCUUCCUCUGAGGAAUCUGCUUUCAUUGAUCAAUCAGAGAAGAGGCAAAGGUUUUUGGCUACGAACUAUUUCAAUAUGUCUGUUUAGUUGGGGAUGGAGUAGUUUUUUCUUGGGGGUUUAGUUGGUUGGCUUUUUAUAGAAUUUUGUUCGGGUUUUAUUAUUUGGUUUCAAGGAAUGGUCAUUUUGUUGUUUGUAGUAGCAAGAAACAAUUUUU